AUGGUGUCUUCUAUAGUAAGGGACCGGGAGGUCGGGCGUCUGCUGUUCUCAGUUCUGCUCCUCGCAGCCUGGGAGGCUGGGAGCGGCCAAGUCCACUACUCCGUCUCUGAGGAGUCCAAACACGGCACCUUCGUGGGCCGCAUCGCCCAAGACCUAGGGCUGGAGCUGCAGGAGCUGGUGCCGCGCCUGUUCCGGGUGGCGUCCAAAGGCAGUGGGGACCUUCUGGAGGUAAAUUUGCAGAAUGGCAUUUUGUUUGUGAAUUCUCGGAUCGACCGCGAGGAGCUGUGCGGGCGGAGCCUGGAGUGCAGCAUCCACCUGGAAGUGAUCGUGGAGAGGCCGCUGCAGGUUUUCCAUGUGGAGGUGGAGGUGAAGGACAUUAACGACAAUCCGCCCAUGUUUCCAGUGGCGGUAAAGACUAUCCGGUUUCACGAAUCGAAGCCGCUUGACUCGCGGUUUCCUCUAGAGGGCGCAACUGAUGCAGAUAUCGGAGUAAACGCUCUUCUCUCCUAUAAGCUCAGCUCCAGUGAGUUUUUCUUUCUAGAUAUACAGACAAAUGAUGACCUAAGCCAGUCUUUGUCUCUAGUGCUUAAGAAAUCCCUGGACAGAGAGGAAAUAUCCGGGUUUAAUUUGUUACUGGUGGCAACUGAUGGGGGCAAACCUGAGCUCACCGGCACUGUUCAAUUGCUUAUUAAGGUAUUAGAUGUGAAUGACAACGAGCCUACUUUUGACCAAUCAGUUUACAAAGUGCAAUUGUUAGAGAACGCCGCAAACGGAACGUUAGUGAUUAGACUAAAUUCUACUGAUGCAGACGAAGGAUCAAACAGCGAGAUUGUGUAUUCAUUUAGUAGUGAUGUGCCCUCCACUAUAAAGACCAAGUUCAAAAUAGAUCCUAGCACAGGGGACAUCAGAACUAAGGGACACUUAGAUUAUGAAGAAACGAAAUCCUAUGAGAUUCAAGUCAUUGCAUAUGACAAUGGAACUCCAUCAAUGUCUGGGCACUGUAAAAUUUCAGUAAAACUUGUGGAUAUCAAUGAUAACACACCAGAAGUCUCAAUAACAUCUCUUUCACUUCCAAUCCGAGAGGAUGCUCCUCUGGGCACCGUAAUCGCCCUCAUCAUGGUGUCCGACCGUGAUUCCGGUGACAACGGGCAGGUGACCUGCACCAUGACUCCCAAUGCCCCCUUCAAGCUGGUCUCCACCUUCAAGAAUUACUAUUCGCUGGUGCUGGAUAGCACCCUGGACCGCGAGAGCGUGGCAAAUUAUGAGCUGGUGGUGACAGCACGUGACGGGGGGUCGCCUUCGCUGUCGGCCACCGCCAGCGUGACCGUGGAGGUGGCCGACGUGAACGACAAUGCACCUGAGUUCGCGCAGCCCGAGUACACGGUGUUCGUGAAGGAGAAUAACCCGCCCGGCUGCCACAUCUUCACGGUGUCUGCGCGGGACGCGGACGCCCAGGAGAACGCGCUGGUGUCCUACUCGCUGGUGGAGCGGCGCGUGGGCGAGCGUGCGCUGUCGAGCUACGUGUCGGUGCACGCGGAGAGCGGCAAGGUGUACGCGCUGCAGCCGCUGGACCACGAGGAGCUGGAGCUGUUGCAGUUCCAGGUGAGCGCGCGCGACUCGGGCGUGCCUCCUCUGGGCAGCAACGUGACGCUGCAGGUGUUCGUGCUGGACGAGAACGACAACGCGCCCGCAUUGCUGCCGCCUGGGUCUGGCAGGCUGCCGCCGGGGGCUGGCAGCGGGGGCGGCGUGGUGAGCCAGCCGGUGGCGCGUUCUGUGGGUGCGGGCCACGUGGUGGCGAAGGUGCGCGCUGUGGACGCGGACUCGGGCUACAACGCGUGGCUGUCUUACGAGCUGCGGCCGGAGGCGGGGGGCGCUCACAGCCCGUUCCGCGUGGGGCUGUACACGGGCGAGAUCAGCACGACGCGAGCCCUGGACGAGGCGGACGCGCCGCGCCAGCGCCUGCUGGUGCUGGUGAAGGACCACGGCGAGCCGAAGCAGACGGCCUCCGCCACCGUGCUACUGUCGCUGGUAGACAGCGGCCAGACGCCAAAGACCCCGUCACUGAUGUCCGCAGGUGCCGUGGGCGCGGAAUUGGUGCUGGUGGAUGUGAACGUGUAUCUGAUCAUCGCCAUCUGCGCGGUGUCCAGCCUGUUGGUGCUCACGCUGCUGCUGUACACGGCGCUGCGGUGCUCGGCUCCGCCCACUGAGGGCGCGUGCGGGCCGGGGAAGCCCAUGCUGGUGUGCUCCAGCGCGGUGGGGAGCUGGUCGUACUCGCAGCAGAGGCGGCAGAGGGUGUGUUCUGGGGAGGGCCCGCCGAAGACCGACCUCAUGGCCUUCAGCCCCUGCCUACCCCAAGGUCCAGGCUCCGCAGGAGAAAGACAGCCACCCUCAGAAUCAGAACACUUAGAAAAUGUGAGUCUUUUAUUUUUUUUCGUCAAUUCUAGAGUUGUUUUAUUUCCUUUAUUCUUU